CACUGAUUGCUAUUGGCAAAUUUAGGAAUUUGAUUAUGAGCCAAGAAUGAAAACUAACAGCAGAGGCUUUUCACAUCCCUGUAUGAAUGAGCAUGACUCUGUGGUUAAAUCCAUCAGCAGGGCACGACCCUUAGGAUGGAUUCUUCCAAAUCUGACUAUGAUGCAUACUUUGGCACAGUCCACGGAAUUCUAAUGUAUAAAGACUUUAUAGAAUAUUGGGAUGAUGUGGAUACAUUCCAGGCAAGACCAGAUGACAUUGUCAUUGCCACGUAUCCCAAAUCUGGUACAACCUGGGUUAGUGAAAUUGUGUACAUGAUCUACAAAGAGGGCGAUGUGGAAAAAUGCAAAGAAGAUGUCAUUUUUAAUAGAAUACCCUAUUUGGAAUGCAGAAAAGAAGAGUUAAUGAAUGGAGUAAAACAAUUAAAACAGAUGGCAUCUCCUAGAAUAGUGAAGACUCAUCUGCCAGCUGAACUUCUUCCAGCCUCAUUUUGGGAAAAGAACUGUAAGAUGAUCUAUCUUUGCCGGAAUGCCAAAGAUGUGGCUGUUUCUUAUUAUCAUUUCUUUCGAAUGGUAGCUGCUCAUCCAGAUCCUGGAUCUUUCCAAGAGUUUGUGGAAAAAUUCAUGGAAGGACAAGUGCCAUAUGGCUCCUGGUAUAAACAUGCAAAAUCUUGGUGGGAAAAGAGAAAUAAUCCACAAGUGCUAUUUCUUUUCUAUGAAGACAUGAAGGAGGAUAUCAGAAAGGAGGUGAUAAAAGUGAUACAAUUUCUGGGAAGACAGCCGUCAGAGGAGCUUGUGGACAAGAUUGUACAACACACUUCAUUCCAGGAGAUGAAGAACAAUCCAUCUACCAAUUAUACAACACUACCAGAUGAAGUCAUGAACCAAAAAAUUUCUCCCUUCAUGAGAAAGGGGAUUGCAGGAGACUGGAAGAAUCACUUUACGGUAGCUCUGAAUGAGAAAUUUGAUAUACAUUAUGAGCAGCAAAUGAAGGGGUCUACACUGAAGUUAAGAACUGAAAUCUAA